AUGGAGGAGCUUGAGCGAAUUCAAGCUACAAACUCUCAAGCGGUUGCAUUGGUGGCGCAAUAUCAACUAGAACAGACACCUAGAGGGCGUGGUUCACGACCUGGUCGUGCGCCAAAUGUGGAGAGACACAGAGAAGUCCGAGGUCAAUUCCUCCUGCAGGAUUAUUUUGUUGAACGUCCAGUGUACGACGAAGCAAGCUUUCGGACGCGGUACCGAAUGCAUAAACAUGUCUUUCAACGCAUAAUGGAGGAUCUUUACAACCACGACAGUUUUUGGAGGCAAAAACCAGAUGCCACUAGAAAAAUGGGAUUGCUUCCUGAACAAAAGAUGACAGGUGCCCUGAGAAUGCUCGCGUACGGUGCAGCUGCUGAUCAAUGUGAUGAAAUCACUCGGAUGGGAACUUCUACAGCACUGAAAUGUCUGAAGAAAUUUUGUAGACAGAUCGAGUUUCUGUACGGUGAGUGGUUCCUUCGUCCUCCCAAUUCUGCUGACUUAUAUAGGCUUCUCAAUAGAGGACAGCGUCGCGGGUUUCCAGGCAUGAUUGGGAGCAUCGAUUGCAUGCAUUGGGAGUGGAAGAACUGCCCAACCGGCUGGGCUGGAGCUUACUCGGGUCGUAAAGGAAGACCAACUAUAAUUCUGGAAGCAGUGGCGUCUUACGACACACAUAUAUGGCACGCUUUCUUCGGAACUCCUGGAGCACAAAAUGACCUCAACGUUCUUGGUGCGUCUAAUGUGUUCGAGCGUGUCAUAGGUGGAACUGCUCCUCAGGUUCAAUUUGAGGUCAACAACAAAAGGUACACCAAUGGUUACUACCUUGCUGAUGGAAUUUACCCUAGGUGGUCUACUUUUGUUAAAACAAUAUCUAACCCCAGAACAGAACAUGAGAAACACUUUUGCAAAAAACAAGAGGCUUACCGCAAAGACGUGGAGCGGUGCUUUGGUAUCAUCCAAUCACGAUGGGCGAUAUUGCGUCACGGUGCUAGGUUGUUUAAACUAGAAGAUCUUCGAGCCAUCAUGAUAAGUUGUAUCAUUCUUCAUAACAUGAUUGUGGAGGAUGAAUUUGUCGAAAAAGAAUUUGUGGAGCCUGAAGAAGAUGAUUUAAUGAAUCCAUCCAUGGCAACUGUCUACGAUCGACCUGUGCAUCCAGAUACUGGAGAACCUAUUCAGUUCGAACCAGUGGGGAGAGAUGGACAACAUCUUCCUGCAUUUAGGGAUCGCGAAUUUCAAGUAGAGUCUGCCUACCUCCACAAAUGUCUACAAAAUGAUUUGGUGAUGCAUAAUUGGAGCAUGGAUGACAACUGA